AGCGAGAGAGAGGUUAGGGUAAAAGUGUAGCAUGCUACUCCUACCAGAACAGCUAUUCUGUUCUCCAAUCAAUGAUUCUUUCUAACCUCCUGUCCCUCUGUCCCUCCUCUUUCUCUGUGGCUGUGUCUUUGCCUUUCGGUGGCUGUCUAGCUUUAGUGGGUCUUUUCCAUUGCACUACAAUGACUGCUGUAGCUGUAAUCUCCCUUUAAGCAUUCUGAGGUUAUGCUGCCCGAAAGUUCCCAAUUGAGUCUGAGUGAAAGAGAAAAGGGCUAAUAAAGCCAGCUCACUUUACAGCUCCACGCAUAAACCUUACCAUAAGCAAUGAGUGACCCUCAGGAUGCCAGUGAUGUCACUUCUGCAUCAGGCCAUAUUAGACAUUUGCCUGUUGCAGUGCACCCUCCUUCCCAGCGAUGUGAUGAUGACGAUGAUGAAGGGGACUUGAAUAAGACACUUGGAGUGCAGCACUUUCAGCGGAUACUUACCAUUCCUCAACGCGUACCCAACGAACAACACCGCAACUUUAAUGAGGAGGACUUUGAGUACCACCGUCACACCUCCCUACACAUUCACCACCCUCUUUCUAUACACCUCCCUAGCGAGGGCAGGAGAAAAAAGGCUGGGAGGAAGUGGAAGGACUCAGGACGGAGGAGGAGUGCAUCCACUGGUGCUGCUCCCCCUAUAGAUGAAGAUGAUGAGGAAGAAGAGGUGGAUGGAGAUUCUUGCAGCCAGCAGGAUAAAGAGGGCAAUAUCACUAACACACCUACACCAGACACGGACACAGAGGUCUCCACUGACCGGGCACAGUUUUUUGUAUCUGAAGAUGACCCUGCCUCAAGUGUAAAAAAGAAUGGUAAAGCCUUACCACAUCGAAAGGUUUCAAUCAUAGCCAGUUCAGCACCUCACACCAUUAUCUACAUCCCAGAAACUACAAUAACUGAGGGCAGAAAAUCUAUACGUAAGCUUCCCAAUGGUAGAAGAGUGUCUGCUCCUUGUUUGUUUCCACUGAGUUCGCCGGACGGCAGCUCUAAACCAGUGCGUAGCUAUGACCUGCAUGAGCGCCGCCGCAUGGGCAACAUGACAGACAUCGGGCUGGCACACUACCACAUGCCUACUGAUGAGAGUGAAGCAAAGACUCUAGCUACUGUCGACCUUGAUGGCAUUAAGAGUCACAGGUUCGAAGAUGUCCCUGGUGUACGGAGACACCUAGUCACAAAGAGUGCUAAAGGACAGGUGGUUCACAUUGGCAAGGACCAUAAAGAGCUCAGCAGCCACAGUCGGACUAAGCUGGAUCGAACCCCACAUGAGAGGAGAUCGUGGCCCUGUUACAUGGACCACAGGGUUCGUCAGGCCCAACAGCUAAAGGUGUUUGUGGAGUUAAAUGAGCUGCUGAUAGAUAAGAACCAGGAGAUGCAGUGGAGGGAAACGGCUCGCUGGAUCAAGUUUGAGGAGGAUGUGGAGGAAGAGACAGACCGUUGGGGGAAACCUCAUGUAGCUUCGCUCUCAUUCCGUAGCCUGCUGGAGCUCCGCAAAACCAUUUCACAUGGUGCAGUGUUGUUGGAUCUGGACCAGAAGACCCUGCCUGGUAUUGCUCAUCAAGUUGUGGAGCAGAUGAUUAUAUCAGAUCAGAUCAGAGCCAAGGACAGAGCCAAUGUUCUACGAGCCCUGCUACUCAAACACAGUCACCCGAGUGAUGGCAAGGAGCACAGCUUGUUUCACCGGAACAUCUCAGCAACAAGCCUUGCUUCUCUAAUAUCUUAUCACCAUAGCAAUAACCAUAUUGCUGCACCAGAGCCCCCUGCCACAGACCCGCUCAUUGGGGGACUACUUAACUUUAAUUCACGAAGUAGUGUGGACUUGGAUAGGAAUGAGAAAGAUACACCCCAGUUUUUUAGUUUGCACAAGUCUAAAUCUAAGCUGCUUGAGAAGAUUCCAGAGAAUGCAGAAGCUACCGUUGUCCUUGUGGGUAGCGUGGAUUUCCUGGACCAGCCCACCAUGGCCUUUGUGAGACUGCAGGAAGCGGUUCUUUUAGAGUCAGUUCUAGAAGUGCCAGUUCCAGUGCGGUUUCUUUUUGUGCUCCUUGGCCCACCCAGUGCCAACAUUGACUACCACCAAAUCGGCCGCUCCAUUUCCACUCUCAUGUCUGAUAAACAAUUCCAUGAGGCGGCAUAUUUGGCGGAUGAGCGGCAGGACCUGUUGACAGCCAUCAACUGCUUUCUGGAUUGUAGUAUUGUGCUUCCUCCAUCUGAAGUGGGCAGAGAUGAGCUGCUGCACUCUGUUGCUCGCUUCCAGAGAGAAAUGCUGCACAAGAGACAUGAACAAGUGAUCAAACUACAGGCCAAGGAGCCCAAGAGCCCAGAGGAUAUGGCACUUCAUCCUCCUUUUAAAGCUGCAGACGAUCCUCUUCGGAGAACGGGUCAGCUGUUUGGUGGGGUUAUCCGAGAUGCAAGGCGUCGCUACCCCAAAUACAUCAGUGAUUUUACAGAUGCCCUAAGCCCUCAAUGCAUGGCAGCUGUCACAUUCAUAUACUUUGCUGCCCUUUCUCCUGCCGUAACCUUUGGAGGACUAUUGGGUGAGAAGACAGGUGGUUUGAUAGGUGUAUCAGAGCUGAUUAUUGCCACUGCCAUUCAGGGAAUGUUGUUCUGCCUGCUUGGAGCUCAACCUCUGCUUGUUGUGGGCUUCUCUGGGCCCCUUCUAGUGUUUGAAGAAUCGUUUUAUUCAUUCUGCAAGGCCAAUGAAAUGGAGUAUCUGACAGGCCGUGUGUGGAUUGGAUUCUGGUUGAUCGUCAUUGUGGUUUUCACGGUGGCCUUUGAAGGAAGCUUCAUGGUGCGAUUUGUGACACGUUUCACCCAGGAAAUCUUCUCCUUCCUCAUCUCUGUCAUCUUCAUCUAUGAGACCUUCUUCAAAUUGGGCAAAAUCUUCAUGGAUCAUCCUCUGAGCAGCUGCUAUGGAAAAGAAGAAAAUGACACUGCUUUAGCAUCACCCAAUGGUGACAGAAGAUCUUCAGAUGCCUCUCAAAUACUAAACCAGCCAAACACAGCUCUCCUCUCUCUGGUGCUCAUGUCAGGAACUUUCUUUAUUGCCUUUUAUCUGCGUAAAUUCAAAAACAGCGCUUUCUUCCCUGGCAGGAUUCGAAGGGUUAUUGGAGAUUUUGGAGUUCCUAUUGCAAUCUCCACCAUGGUUCUGUUGGACUACAGCAUAAAGGACACUUAUACACAGAAAUUAAAUGUGCCUUAUGGCUUCUCUGUGACCAGCCCAGACAAGCGCGGUUGGUUUAUACACCCAAUGGGCUCUGAUGGCCAGUUCCCAAUCUGGAUGAUGGCUGCUAGUAUUCUACCUGCCAUGCUUGUGUACAUCCUCAUUUUCAUGGAGUCUCAGAUCACAACUCUUAUUGUGAGUAAGAAGGAUAGGAUGCUAGUUAAGGGUUCAGGCUUUCACUUGGACCUGCUAAUCAUCGUGGCAGCUGGUGGGAUUUCAGCAUUGUUUGGACUGCCAUGGUUGACUGGUGCAACUGUUCGUUCUGUAACCCACGCAAAUAGCCUUACAGUGAUGAGCAAAGCUGUUGCCCCCGGUGACAAACCACGUAUUCAGGAAGUAAAAGAGCAGAGAGUAACAGGAUUUUUGGUGGCUCUUUUUGUAGGUCUAUCUAUUGUGAUUGGAGACCUUUUGCGUCAGAUUCCUAUCGCUGUGUUGUUCGGCAUAUUCCUCUAUAUGGGAGUGAUGUCCCUGAAUGGGAUCCAGCUAACAGAACGUAUGAUGCUGCUAUUAAUGCCACCCAAGUACCACCCUGACCACACAUAUGUCCGCAAGGUGCGUACUCUACGCAUGCACUUGUUCACAUGUUUCCAGCUGGUGUGCCUGGCUGUGUUGUGGACUGUAAUGUCAACUGCAGCCUCAUUAGCCUUCCCAUUUGUCCUUGUCCUCACUGUGCCAUUCAGGAGGUUCCUGUUGCCUCAAAUAUUUACCCCACGUGAGAUGCAAUGUCUUGAUGCAGAUGAUGCUGAGCCAUCAUUUGAUGAGAGGGAAGGCCAAGAUGAAUAUACAGAGAUGCAAAUGCCAGUAUGACCUCAUUCCUACCCUUUCACUACUUGGGCUGGCCUGACUUUCUUUUCUGGCAGCAGUAUCCAGAUAUACUGCAUGUCUUUUUUUUUUUUUUUAUCAAUCAUUUUUUGUCUCCAUUUUGUCCAGAUGAGUUUCCCACUUUAUUUGUUUUUGUUUUGAUUUAUGGUAAAUUAUAUAUAUAUGUGUGUGUGUGUAAAAGUGUUAAAUGGUUGCUCAAAUGUCACUAUGUAUCUGUUGCAUAGAGGAUAUCUUUAUAUCACCUGUACAAUUUUCUUUUUUCUGUUUAUUAAAAAAAAGAAAUUGCGAUAUAUGUGUUGUGGAGGGGUAAAUGAAUGUAUGAUCUUCAGUAUGUUCAGAAUGAUACAGGAAGCACUUUAAGGUACAUUUAAAACUAAACCUUUUCUACUGCUUACUUCAUUGCAAGGUGAAAUAUAAUGUGUGUACAGAAUAACAUUCAUGCAAAUUAUAUAAGUUGAAUAUUUUUGUAACCAAACUGAUAUAAUAUACAGCUUUGAGAUAUACUUACCUUUAUGCAAAAGAAGAUCAUUUUUGUCAAUUAUGUAUACAUGCUUUGCCUGAAAUUGUUGCAUAGUUGUGUUAAAUAAAUAUUUGUCCCACCAGAACACUAAAGAGACAUAUUUGUUUAUAUCAAAUUAACUCUAAGAUUAAUAUAGUAGUUCUAAAGUAGAAGUUUUCAGCUAUAUGGAAACAAUAAUACUAAUUAUUGUUAUCUAAUUAAUGUCACUAUAAUCAUUUGAUUAUAGUGGAUUUAAUUUACCUACCACAAGAGUGAAAGUAAAAAAGAGAUGGGAAUGAAAGCAAGACAUGUUCAUUGUUGAGAAUGUUUUAAUUAAAUGUUGUAAAGAGUUCAAAAGGUUUAGUUUAACAGUACCUCUUUUGUGAUGAAUAGUCUUAUAAUUUAAACAUUACCUGACCACAAUUGUGAAGUAAUACAGACCUGUAGUUGGAUGCACUGUUUAAUUUUUAUAAAUCAUAUUUAUCUCCUUUUCCAUUCAUGAACAUUAGUCCUUUGAGGUACAGAACUAAAAUCUAAACGAUAGUCUUUUCUGAUUUCAUGUUUCUGAAACAUGAACUGUGCAUGGCUUUAAGUGAAAGCAAGAAAUAGAAAACAAAUGUAGAUUUGGUAUAAUAUUGUAAUUUUGUUUCUUAAACAUGUGUGCCUCAUGUGCAUUCCAGUUGUGAGGAAGAUCUUGAGAAUAAUUAUUUUUAUAAAGAAGGGACUACUUUAUACAUCUCAGAUAUGAUCUGUUGUGGGUUCUUGAAAUCGUGAAAAAACUGCUAAAACUGACAAAAAGUAUAUUCUUCUGUGUUUCAUUUUGUGCACAAAUUGUAGCGCCUUUAGUUCACUUGAUUGUUUCUUUCAUAUACAGUGUUGCUUUCAAUACUUUGUGAUUAAUAAUGUAUUACUUUAGAAUGUAAAUGAUGUGGGCAUACAGCAUCUCAUAUGUCCUUGUCUGUAAAUAUUUAGAGUGCAGGCCUGAACCUAAUAAAAUAAUGG